AUGUUAAAAUAUAGUUUUAAUAAGAAUAAUUCAAGAUUAGUUGGAAGUUAUUUAAAUAUAAAUAGUUAUAAUAAUAACAAUAACAACAUUAGAUUAUAUAGUAGCAAUGAAGAAUCAUCAUCAGCAGAUGUAACACAAGAAGAAAAACCACAACCAGUCAUUACAAAACCAGUCAGAACAAUGAAAGAUGAUUUGAGUAUUGAAGAUACUAUUAAAUCAGUAAAGACAAAGAUCAUUGCAAUGCCAUUCGAUUACUCCUAUCAAUCAUUCUACAAGAACAAAAAAUCAACAAAGAAAGGUGUCACAAAGCAGAGAGCACAUCUCAAGGCAUUCGGUGCCGUUCCCUACGUAUUCCCUGCUUCGAUGUUCCGUGAAGUCAAACCACCCAUUCCACUAUCUGAAAUCAACAAAAACAGCACUGUAACUAAACAACAACAAGAUCAACAACAACAACAAUAA